AGAAAAAAAAAACUAACUUGUUAGUCUUGUUGACCUGGGUCAGUUUUGCAAAAUCUGUUAACCUUGUUCUUCAUUCAUUUAUUUUUUUGGUUAGAUAAAACAAAGCCCUUGAAAAAUGGUAGGAAUAUGGACGAUUUUGGAGUUACUAGUGAUCUCAGCUAUCUUUUUUGCAUUUGGAUUAGUUGCUGCUAUUGUUUUUGAAACAUUCAGAAGAAGAUUCAAUCACACUCAUGUGGAAGCUCCUCCUAUAUUUGAAGAUCCAACUUCAUUGAAGCCGGUUCCUUGUCCUCAUAUAUUUGAUCCUGCUGAGAAGUACAUAUCCUUGGUCAUACCUGCAUACAAUGAAGAGCACAGGCUUCCUGGAGCCCUUGAUGAAACUUUGAAUUAUCUGCAACAGCGUGCGGCCAAUGACAAGACAUUUACAUAUGAGGUAAUUAUUGUUGAUGACGGGAGUACUGAUGGAACCAAAAGAGUGGCUUUUGAAUUCGUGAAGAGAUACUCUGUAGACAACGUGCGAGUCAUCCUUCUUGGGAAGAACCAUGGGAAAGGGGAAGCUAUAAGGAAAGGAAUGCUUCAUUCACGUGGUGAACUGCUUUUAAUGCUUGAUGCUGAUGGGGCAACCAGAGUAGAUGAUUUGGAAAAGCUUGAAAACCAGAUUCAUGCAGUUGCUAAAAAGGGACAACAGAGUGAAGAUUCUGCUGGUAGAGAUUCAACUAUAAGAAUAUCAGAUGUUCCCGCAGCUGCAUUUGGUUCACGUGCUCACCUGGAGGAGAAGGCUCUAGCAACAAGAAAAUGGUAUCGCAAUUUCCUGAUGAAAGGUUUCCAUGUUGUGGUUCUCUUGGCUGCUGGUAGUGGAAUUCGUGAUACUCAGUGUGGAUUCAAGAUGUUUACCAGAUCUGCCGCCAGGAAACUUUUUCUAAAUAUCCGUUUGAAAAGGUGGUGCUUUGAUGUCGAACUAGUCUACUUAUGCAAAUGGUUUCGCGUUCCAAUGAUUGAGAUAUCCGUUAAUUGGACAGAAAUACCCGGAUCAAAAGUCAAUCUUUUAAGCAUCCCGAACAUGUUGUGGGAGAUGGCGAUCAUGUCUUUGGGCUAUAGAUCUGGCAUCUGGAAAAUCUACAGCUGAG